UGGAUCGCUACCGACCGAAUCUCCCUCUCUCUCUCUCUCUCUCGCGCGCGCUCUCUUAGUAGUCAGACGUGUUUGUCUUGAGUUCUGCUACUCAGUUUGGYCCUUGUUUGCCUACCACGACACCACGGCAGCAUGAGAACGCUACUGGACAGCAGCUGGAUAAAGUUUGGGCCAGCCGGCAGAGGGUCCAUCGAUUGGGUGACUGGGUCACCUUCUCCCCCCAUGGUGGAGAGACAGUUACAGGGCUACAACUGGAAUGAUCUGAACCUCAACCAGGAAGGGAGGUCAGAGCUGCUCCUCUACGUGGUCCUCCCCGUCACCUCCCUCCUCAUGCUGGGCCUCCUGGUACUCCUGGCCUACUGGAGGUGCUCCUCUCGAAAGCUCAGCCUGGCCCAAAUCAUCACCCUGGACCUCCAGGACCCCGAGAGCAGCGUUGAGUUCCUCUCCUCGCUCACCAGCCACGGCGAACGCCGCACCAGCACCAGCUCUGACAUGUCGGACAGUGUGUUCGUCAUGGUCUACCUGCCGCCGCCCUACGAGGAGACGMUGACCAAGAUCACGCGUGCYRCCAGUCUGACCAGCCGGAAAGAGUCCAUGAAGAUAGAGGACCUGGAGGCCCGCCUGUGUCCGGAGAUCAAGUCCAGUGGACGCUACGUGUGACUGGGGAACACUGGGAGUGUUUCUCAAAUGGCACCCUAUUCCCUAUAUAGCCCACAUAGGGCUCUGGUUAAAAGUAGUGCACUAUGUAGGGAGUAGGGUAUAUGGUAUAAUUUCUGACUAGAACUAAGAGAUUGCUUUUGAAGGGACUCAAUAUAGCAAGCUCUUUAGAAUAAGGGGAUUUCAAUGGACUAUGUAAAAACAUCAGACCUGARUUCAUCUUUUGUGGGUACCAGCUUUCUACACAGAGGAGUGAGCAAUUGCAUAAAAGCUGGAAAUUGCAUUGACUGGCUGUACAGGAUACAGUACAUCUAGAUUCUCUAGAGAGGACAUAUGCUGACUAUGUACAAACCGUAGGUUACAGUAGGCAAAUAAAACUCCUUCAACAAUACAAAAAAUAAAAUGCAAUUAAUUUGCGUUGUUUUUAUCUCCUAAAUGAAACACGUGAUCCCCAUUUUUACUUCCACACAUUGUAUGAGCCAUACCAUGCUUUCAACCCWCCUGUAUCUGUGUUGUUUUAGUUUGGUCCCUAUUUGGAGACUUAAGAAUGUCAAUGUGCAAAGUGCAAGAAUGUUACAGAAGUCUUAUAUGUAAUACUGUGUGUCAUUUGAAUUUUAUUUGAAUUGUAUUUAUAUGUAAGAAGGUACAAAGACCUAGCCUGGGCACCAUGUCUUUGACAGGAGUGACAAGGAGUGGAAUGUUAGCAAGACUGGUACCCGGACUUACAAAGACCUUCUCCAGGUUAAUAAUUCCCUUCAUUACUUGGAAUCACAUCAUGAAUGUACUCCUAAAAACCUCAGACCUGAUACGUUUGAUAGACUACAUAACAKAUAUGCAUUCUAAUUUACAAGUAAUAUGUUUGUACAAAGUGUUAUAUUGUUUUUAAAUAAAGAAUA